UUUACUUGCGACAACCCUAACAUCUGGGACUUGUCGAUGCGUGACGUCACUUGAAUUUAGUCACAACAAUUUAGCAAAACAAUGGCCGAGUUUCAAUGGCCAUGGGAGUAUACAUUUCCACCGUUUUUCACCCUGCAGACACACGAUGAAACACGCCAGCAACAGCUAAAAGUCUGGUCGGAUCUCUUUCUCAAAUACCUCAAACAUACAAAUCAAUUUUUGCUUGGUAUCAACGAUCAAAACUUGCCAUUAUUUUGUAAUGAAUCGAUCAAGCGUCGCCUGUCGUCAGAGCUAAUCUUGCUUAUUCUGGAGCAUCUACAAAGCACUGGACAUGCAGCGCCACUAGACAAGAGGCGUCAGGAAUGGCAGGUGUACUGGUACACGUUGGAGGAGUAUGGAAACAUGGUCUAUGACUGGAUUCAGGAAACGGGACAAACGAAUAGCAUAUGCACCCUAUACGAAAUAGCUUUAGGAGAAAGUACCACACAACUGGAUUUCCACGGCGUGGACGAAGCUGUUUUACUCAAGGCUUUGCGUCUAUUGGAGGAAAAGGGAAAAUGUGAGCUUAUUGAAAUGGAUGGCAGUCACGGCGUAAAGUUUUUCUAAUUUCAUGGUGGAAUUUACAUAGAUUUAAAUACAACCCGUCUCGUAUUCCUGUGUAAAAAUUCUUAUUGUAAAACAAAAAUUAAAAAUAAUAUUUAUA